AUGCAAAAUAACCUUAUUGCCUGCGUAAUCAUCGUCUUCCUGUGCAUCAUCUCUUCCUUCGUCGUCGGAUCUGUGAGUGUCCUUGCUCGCAUUGUGCCCGCCGCACUAGUCAACGCCUUCCUCUACCUUACAGCAUGCGUGUUUAUUGUGUUUGCGAACUGCAUAGAACACAUCAAGGUGAUUCAUAUUCGUUCAAAAUGGGGACCCUGUUACCCCAUUUCGGAUCUUCCACCUGAGCUCUACAACCCGCAAAUGAUCACUGUGCAUUACGGCUGGCCGGUGUACCUCAAUUGGGCAGCUGUCAGUGUUUUUCUUGGUUCCACCUGCGCGUGGUUCACCCUGAAGAGGAUCCUUUUUGUCGAAACCUCGAAGGCGAUAAUUUGA